AUGUCUUCCUACGCAUCAGAAUACCCUGCUGGCGACAAGUUCGACCCAGAGUACAAAGCUUUCUUUGAGCAGUUCUAUGAGACAUCGGAUACUCCUAGUGCUCACGAGAAAUACUCCAACCAGUUCACACAAGAUGCGACUCUGAUCAUGGCUUCAAAGAAUGCACAGGGCCGAGAAGAAAUCUUGUCUCUGCGCAAGGGCAUGUGGGAAAAGGUAAACAGCAGAAAGCACACUGCAGUCAAGAUAUACCCGUUCGGUUCCGAUUCGAAUGAAGCUAUGCUCUACGGAAAGGUUGAGUAUAGCCUGAAAGAUGGCAGAGAAGCCACAGUGGACUGGGCUGCUCGUGCCCACUUGGUCAAGCAGGACGGCGCAGUCAUGAUGGACUUCUAUCAGGUGUAUCUGGACACCGCUGCACAGAAUCCUAGCAAGUAG